AAUAAUCUCGAUAACCUCUCAACUUCUGACGAAAUGUCACUUGACCAAAAGGCUCGCUUCGAAAGAAAAAUUUUGUUUAAAAGAAGAAACUGAUCGAAUUUGGAUAGAGAUUUUCUUUUAUGCGAUGCACGGGGAGUAAUAGUUUAAAAAUUGAAACUUUUUUCGGUGAUGUGAAUUUUUAUUUAGCCGUAAAUUUGUGGUUUGUGGUUGGACUUUGUGUCUUUGUUGACUUGACGUAAACACUUGAGACAAGAAAAUAAAUAAAAAAUGUAUAAACAGAAUUUCGAACUGGACACUCCUGCUGCUCUGGGAAUGAUUGCAAAUUUGAGCAAUGAAGAGUUAAAAGAAUUGCUGAAUGACGAUGAAAAGUUUGAAGAAGUUGUGAAAAAUAACAAACAGUUUCAGGAACUGGAAACAGAGAAGGAAAUGCUGAUGGCAAGUAACAGAUCGCUUGCUGAAUACAAUUUGGCAAAACAACCCGAAUUAGAACAAGGAAAACAAGUUGUUCGCGAACUCAGUGAAAGAGGUAGUCAACUUUGCUCGAGUGUUCAAGAAAAAUUGGACGAAAUAAAGGAGAAACCUGGCAUGAUGAGUAUUGAUACUGCACUCGAGAUGCUCCAAACAGCUGCUACCGAAACUGAAGAGGAAUCUGAGAAAAUAGCCGAGAAAUUUCUCGCUGGUGAUACGGAAGUGGACGAAUUCCUGGAUCAAUUUACAAGCCGACGGAAAUUGAUGCACCUACGAAAAGUGAAGGUUGACAAAAUGCGGGAAUUGAUCAAAUCUAAGGACAGAGGAAUUUCCGGAUAUCCGACUGCCGGAAAUUUCCCCGGAAUGUCGCCAUCUCUGCCCUACCCAGCCGGACUUGUAUCGAUGCCAAUGCCAGUUGCGAUGCCUCCUUAUUAAUUAUUAUUAAUUAUUAAUUAAUCUAAUCUAGAUUUCUAUGUAAACCCGAAAAAACUCUUUAUAUUCUCCUCAUUUUAUAUCAGAUGAAUUAACCGAAUGGAAAGAAUGGAGUGACCACUUAGUCAAAUUGAAAAUUAUUAAUGAUUAAGUGGUAUUUCGAGAAUGGUUAAAAUAGAGAGUGACUAAAGAGAUAUGAAUUUAGAAUGAAAUUCAAUCAAGUUAGUCUGGCGUGACGAGUUCUCAUAGGAAAUUGUAUUUACUUUAAACUCUGUUAAAUGUGAAUAAAAUAUUUUUAUUUCUAACAA